AGCCAAUCCACCCGAUCGCAUCCCUUAAUCGACAAACACUCACACCGGUCUUGUCGAGCCCAGCACCGUCGACAAGAUGCCUACCCGAUUCUCGAAGACCCGCAAAGCUCGCGGUCAUGUGUCCGCCGGUUACGGUCGCAUUGGCAAGCACCGUAAGCAUCCCGGUGGUCGUGGUAUGGCCGGUGGUCAGCACCACCACCGUACCAACCUUGACAAGUACCAUCCCGGUUACUUCGGUAAGGUCGGUAUGAGAUACUUCCACAAGACCAACCAGCAGUUCUGGAAGCCCGUCAUCAACCUGGACAAGCUGUGGUCUCUCGUCCCCGCCGAGCAGCGUGAUGCCUACAUGAGCGGCCAGAAGACCGACACCGCCCCCGUCAUCGACGUCCUGCCCCUCGGCUACUCCAAGGUUCUGGGCAAGGGCCGCAUCCCCGAGAUCCCGAUCGUCGUCCGUGCCCGCUACUUCAGCGAAGAUGCUGAGCGGAAGAUCAAGGCCGCCGGUGGUGUUGUCGAGCUUGUCGCUUAAAUCUGGGAAAUGGAUUACGGUGUUUUGCUGGAGAAGGGUUUAAAAGAUAAAAUUAAGGGCCCGGUGCUGCGCUGACCACGGUCGGUGUUAAACGAAACGUCGAAUAUGUCAAUCAAGUCAAGGAUUUAUCUUACUAAGGUACUUGAUAAACAACCAAGGGAGCCGUGGAUUCAAAAACGUACAUCGAUCCGCGUAUUUUACCAAAUCGAAAAAAAAAGACUAAAACGGUUUAUUUUUUUUUUCUUUUGUUUGUUAUGAGCAUAGCGUGGUCUCCGAUUGCCCUUACGAUCGAUCUCACUGUUAUUCCUACAAACCUCAAUUGGAGUUUUUAUCCAAUUGAUCUCUUGCUCGACGUUUCGAUAUGACCCGACAUGAGUCAACCAGGCAAUACCUAUUUUCAACUCCUG